GACGUUUUACCUGCAUGGGUCGAAGGAUUUUUGAGAGAUUUGAAAUAAAUAUUCAGUGUAAAGCCCUUCGAUGCGCAUGGCUGGAAGUCUACAAAGCUGAGACAUGACCAAGGCCCUUCCACUCAAGGCAUACCUUCUUGAACAUCUUUUCUUCCUUAUUAUGACGUCCGUUCCAGUAUUUGGUUCCAAACAUGACAUUCCUUUGAGGAUCAGUAUGCUGCAUGUUCCGACCCCUGUCGUGGCAGGGGACAGUAUUCUUCUCAGGUGCGGAUAUGAGCUGGGGAACGAAACACUGUACGCCGUCAAAUGGUACAAGAACAUGGGAGAAUUCUACAGAUACGUUCCGGCUUCCGAUCCGCCACUCAAGACAUUUCCUCAAACCGGUGUGGAUGUAGAUAUCUCAAAAUCCGAAAAGAGCUCUGUCUAUCUUCGGAACUUGAGCCUGGAGAGUUUCGGUAACUAUACGUGCCAAGUUUCCACUGACAAACCUUAUUUCAGAUGCGUCCAAACAACAAAACACCUCGAAGUCGUGGUGCCCCCUUCAGACGGGCCAGUGCUGAUGGAAGAGAAGUCCGAUUACGAAGUGGGUGACAACGUGUCCAUCCUCUGCAAUUCCGGCAAGUCCAAACCAGCGCCCGAACUCAAGUGGUACAUCAAUGACCAGCUGGCUAAAUCUGAUUUGUACGACAAGGAAACAGUUGUUUAUCCUGACCAGUUGGAGAGCACAAGUUUAGCCUUGCGUUUCAGACUCAAGCCAGAUGUUUUGCAUAAUGGAAAAGUUACUCUCAAGUGUGUAGCUACAGUAAAGCAUAUUAGUGCAGUAACAACUAAAGAAAUAAGAGCUUCAGGUACAUUACAAGCGACUUCACAAAAAUGUCUUCUCUGGGCAUGUCUUGCAAUAAUACUUUACCUUCAAAACAAGCAUAUGAAGAUUGUCGGUGUACAUUGCAUUUAAUGUCAAAUAAAUGUCAUGAAUAAAUUUUCCAAAUGUAUAAAACUAUAUAUUUGAUAUAUCUGUAUGCUUUAUGUGUUGAAAUACUUCUGUAACAAUGAAAUGUAA